AACCAUUUAUAGGUGCACCUAUACCACAAAAUGGCAGUAUUUACUAUGGAAACAACUAUUAUCCAAAUCCAGGUUACUUUCCACCAGGUGGAAUGGCUCCUGUAAAUUCUGUAUGUAAUAAUUUUGUACCACCAAGUCGUUCUGCACCAGGUAUUGGUCGUAUUAAUUAUAAUGCAAGACCUUCGGUGCAUUUGAACGGGGCCGACUUACCGCAAGAUGUUGCUACGUUAAGAUAUUUUUUUAAUCUUGGAGUUGAAUAUCGCAUGAAGAAUAAUAUCUCGAAAGAAUCGGAGGGUGAUACUGAUGACGAGCUCAUGCCUUCAACAUCAAACUUAAAAAUAGAAUGUAAAUCUGAUCAAUCUAAGGAGGAAACAAAGUAUGAUUCUAAUAACAACAGCGUAUCAAGAGCUAAUGGUAACGUCGAAAAUGUUAGGAGGACCAAGUAUUCAAAUCAAUCUCAGUUUCUUGCUAUGCGAAACCCAAAUCGUCGAUUUACACCGCGUCCCUUACUUAAUAAGGAACGCUUUGGUUCCAGAUCAAAUUAUGGGCGAUAUGAUGCCGGUGCUGUUCAUUUACAGAAGUAUAAUACACCAAGUUCAACACGUUAUAGAAAUCGUAAUAGUCCUACGAAUUUGUCUAUUACUGGCGUAGAUCAUCAGAAUGGUUUCGGUGGUGACGAAAAUCGUAGUGACAAUCAGACACCGUGUAGUAAUGUUGCAUCCAACAACUUGGCAGUUGAUUGUCAAAGUGAAUCUGCAAAGACUUCUGUAGUUCCAUCACCACAAUACAGCGUUCCUCAAGCACCACCUGGCGCUUUGAUAAUUCCAGUACCAUCGAAUUCUUACAAUACCGGACCACCAUCUUCACAACCGGUUCCAAUUAAUAUGCAACAACCAUAUGCUGCUGGUGGGCAAUAUAAUUCAUGCUUAGGUGCACCACCAUCUAGUACACCAUUGACAGGCAACAUACAAAUGAUGCCAUCACCAAUAAUGCCUGGAAUGGUUAACAAUGGAUAUUAUACGGCUACGGGACCAAUUGCACCAAUUCACGAAGGUGAAAGCGAUAGUGGAAUGCAAUACCAAUUUGUGUCGCAACCUCCAAAUAUGCAAAUUUAUAUUCCAACUGUAAAUAAUGCACAAAAUUUGAGUCCUUUGAUUCCUACCCAACCAGUUGCUGGAGGUCCUCCAUUACCUCCUGUAGCCGGUUCUCAGGGGUAUUGGUGUCCACCAGCAAUUCAUCAAACUAUACCACCGAUUAUAGCGCAUAAUACAACUCCACAGUACGUUCCAGCCAAUGGCAUACCUUUUGGUGCAAAUACACCCAAAACGGCUAACUAUAGACGUGAAAAACAACAACAACAACAACAAACUCAUGCACACCAGUUUGAGUAAACACAUUUAUAACUUAAACAAUUUGAAAUAUUUAUAAAUAUCUUCUUUAUAAAACAUUUAAAUAUUUGACAUAUUUUAAAUGAUUUUUUGAUAGUUCUAAUAAUCCUUAUAAUAAA